AUGGCCUCCAUUGGCGUCAAAGACUCGCAGUCGUCAUUGUCCGAAGCAGAAGCUCCACCAAGGCCCAAAAUUGAGCCAUGUCUGCAUGUCCCACAGCCAACCUUGCACUUUGUCACUCCCCCGUCAGCCUCUGAAACUGGGCCGAUACUGCUGUACUUUCAUGGAGGGGGAUACGUCAACCCCCUUCAAGCACCCGGUCACAUGCCUUUCGCACUACGGUGUGCCGCAGCAUGUAAAGCCAAAGAAGUAGUCUUUCUCGAGUACUCUCUGGCUCCGGAACAUCCGUAUCCGUCGCAACUCGUUCAAGCCGUGGCUGAUCUUCGAUAUUUACUAAACGAGCUCUCCCUUCGGGCUGACGAUAUUAUAAUCGCGGGCGACAGCGCGGGUGGCAACUUGACAGGGUCGUUACUGACGCACAUAGCUAAGCCGUCACCCUAUGCGGCACCACUAGACCUUGCUGGCCGCCAACUAGAAGCUGUGUUGUUGGUGAGUCCCUGGGUUAUGAUGGGAACCAAUCAAGGCAGCUAUCAUACGAAUCAUAGGAAGGAUUUUCUUACCCUGGCACAGGAGAAUUGGUUUAAGGCGCAGUGGAAUGCUAAUGGAAUUGCCAAUGAGGAAGAGGUAUGGGCAAAUCUAUGUGAAUGGGAGGGUGCCAGGGAUGUUUGGAAUGGGGUGUUUCCAUCCUCCGGGGAGUCACAGGGCCUGGUUAAGAAGGCGAUGGUCACAGUUGGCACAGCGGAAGUUUUGCUGGACAGUUGCCGGGUAUUUGCUAAAGACUGCGUGAAGGCAGAGAUGGUUGUCGCUCAGCGGGAAACUGACUGGAGCGUCUUCCAUGGAAAAGAUUUCGUUUUUGCAGAGUGUGAGGGUGAGGUCCAUGUCCAACCUGCGCUUGACCUUGCUGUGAAAUACUAUGAGGGAUAUAUGAUGCGGGCAGUUCUAUCGUGGCUGGAAAGCGUAUGA